ACCGUGCAAGAAGGGGUUGAAUUAACUUAAGCCAUAACAACAACAACCACUGCAUCACAUUCUCCAUCGCGAACGAAAGUGUGGAAUGCACUAAUUCAUUUCUAUCACAGUGGCUUCCUCAGGGUCACAACAGCAGGGAGGACUAUCACGAAGAAAACCUUCUUCUUCUUCUUCUUCGAAUCAACAAACCGGGUCGACCCGAAUCAUAUACAGAGAAUCAACCGGUCAUUCCGAAUCGGAUCUUCCGAUCUGGCAGCGUAACUGGUUCAUUGCGUUUCUGUUUGUAAUGGCGCUUGGAUUCUUCGCUCUCGCUAUUUUUCUCUUUCUCACUCUCGAUCCUGAUGUUUCUCCUUCCUCCACCGCUUCUGCUUCCGCUGCUUCCUCCGAAGGCGUCGAGGUUCAGAUUACUUAUGGUUCGGUUAUAAAGCUUAUGCAUGAGAAGACCAAAUUUAGGUUGCAUUCUCAUGAUGUGCCCUAUGGUUCUGGCAGUGGCCAGCAAUCGGUUACUGGUUUUCCUACUGUUGAUGAUGCCAACAGUUACUGGAUUGUUAGGCCUGAGCCAGGAACUUCAGCUAAACAAGGUGACACCAUUAAAAGUGGCACAAUUGUUAGAUUUCAGCACAUGAGGACAAGGAAGUGGUUGCACAGCCAUUUGCAUGCAUCCCCAAUAUCAGGCAAUCUCGAGGUCAGCUGCUUUGGUGGAGAAAAUGAUUCUGACACUGGGGACUAUUGGAGGCUUUUUAUAGAAGGAAGUGGAAAGACUUGGAAGCAGGAUCAAAAGAUUCGGCUUCAGCAUGUUGACACUUCAGGCUAUCUACAUAGUCAUGAUAAGAAAUACAGUCGGAUUGCAGGUGGACAGCAGGAGGUUUGUGGUGUUCGGGAAAAGCGCGCUGACAAUAUCUGGUUGGCAGCUGAAGGUGUCUAUCUUCCUGUUACUGAAAGCAAACAAGUUGAGUAGUAUCAAUAUUUUGUCCAAUUAGGGUCGAUUAUGUGAUUGGUUGGCUAGCAUGGGUAGUGAUAAUAGAGGCAGAUUGUUGAAGGGAAAAAUAUACGUGAGCACUCUUAGGAUGAUAUUAAUGAUAGAAAUAUUGUCAUAGGUUUCACUUUGUUAUGAAGUACUGCAGGUCCUUCUCCCUGCAGAAAUACUUGCUGCAUCUGUUAUUUUUGUUGUGCAAUGUGCUAAUGGGUAAUUUUUCAAAUAGGACUAAUAAGGAUGGUGCAUUUAGUAGUGGAACUUUAUUUUUCAGGUGAA